ACGAAGAUAGUUAAUAAAUAAUAAUGAAGAAAUUAAAUUCUUUAUCGGAAAAAAAAAUCUUAGAGUACAUAUUAACCAGUCGAAAAAAUGUUCAGAAGGAACUAAAACGUCAGGUUCCAAAUAUCCUGAAGCGUUUCGAAGAGUUCGGCUUGGUAGAAAAGAAUUCGAAAGGCCACUAUCGUAUUAUCGAAAGUUCUAAGAACUUGGAGCCGAGCCUACCAAGUUGCUGUGAUUGUGAUAAUUGCGUGGGAAACUGUGGCACCUGUCCGAAGUCAAAUAUUCCCAGGGUUGGACCGGCUAAGAAACGCAAUAAAAAUAAGCCGGGACAUAUUUGUGGUUGCAUUAAGAAGUGUAAAAAGGGCAACUAAUAUACGGAUUACUUUCAUUUAUGUUGUUGUGAAUCUUUUCAUCUUUCGGUGAAUGUCAAAUUUUAAUGAAAAUGUGGAACGAGUGAACCGAGUUUCGUCUCAUUUACCGUUCAUUGUCUUUUAGAUAUUAUUUCUAUUAUAUAAGUUUUGUGUUAAAUUUUAAUAAAGUGGUAUUUUUUAAUGA